AGCAAUCCGAAAGUCAACAUGGGAAGCACCGCCGCGCGAACAUACUUGGCUUUUCACCACAAUGCCAAGCUCUACAAGCUGUCAGCUGUGGUCUCGGCGAUAACGCCCUUUCCCGCCCUGGAAGAAGCCAACAAGCUUCUCUUCAAGAAAGGCACCGACAAUGACUUCGCCAUCGUGACCGACCAGACCAUUUUUCACCCUCAGGGAGGCGGCCAACCCUCCGAUGAAGGCGUCAUGACCAUGGGUGAUGUUAGUGUCUUCCGUGUGAGCAUGGUCCGCAUGGACGCCGUGAAGGACGGGCAAGUCCUCCACUUUGGCCGCUUCGACUCUUCCUCUUCCAGCAUAUUCCAAUUGGGCGACACAGUCGAACAAUCCAUCGACGUGGAAAAGCGCCUCUUGUACUCACGCCUGCACACCGCGGGCCACGUCCUCGGCGCGGCGGUUCGGCACUUGCUCGAAAAGGAAAUCCCCGGAUUCGACGAGCUGAAGGCGUCGCACUUCCCCGACUCGGCGGCAUGCGAGUUCCAGGGCUCCAUCGAGGGAAAGUGGAAGGAGCCGAUCCAGCAGAAGGUGGAUGGGUACAUUGACAAGGCGAUGCCGGUCGAGGUGGAUUUCUGGGACGAGGAGGAUUUCAGGAAGAACGGGCUGGAGAGGCUGAUUCCCGAUCGGAGCUUGGCGCCGCCGGGGGAGAAGUUUAGGGUGGUCAAGAUUGUGGGCGCCGAGGUGUAUCCGUGCGGUGGGACGCAUGUUGAUACCACUGAUUUGUGUGGUAAGACGACGGUGAAGAAGAUUUCGAGGAGUAAGGGGACAUCGAGGGUGUCUUAUGCUGUGAAUUGA